AUGGAUGAUGAAUUAGCUUUUUAGAACCUUCAAAAUGGUAUGAGUCUUCUCCCUAUGACAUUAAAGCCAUCGAAAACAUGAAAAGAGAACGAGAUGAACUCCUCCAAGAAUAUCAGAAGGAGAAAACAGAUUUCUAAGCAUUCGAUGCACAAAUUCGUAAGAUGCAAAUGGAGCUCGAUCUAAGAGUGGCCAUCUUGAAAGACAAAGAAUCUAAGUUAGCUAAUUACAAAAAGAUGAUAGAAGAGACAGACCUCACAUAUCAUCGAGUAAAUUUAUUAACUUAAAAUUGAAUAGAUUGUUGAAACAUCCAACAGAUUAGCUGCCAAUCUAGAAAAAGAGACUCAGUUUAUUAAAGAUCGGUUCAAAAUUAAAUAAGAAAUUUGAAUUUAAUAUACAUUAUCAAAUAUCUAAAUCUCAAUA